AUGAUCUACGAGAAUACCAGCAUCGAAUUCAGCCAUCCAGCCUCAGAUACGCCAAAGCCGCAGUUGCGCAAUGUCAAUGGUGCUGCAAUGGCCCCGAAGGUGCCCAAAAAGUCACCGCCCAAGGCCCGAAAGCAGGAUUUGGUCAAGGUCGUCAAGCACAACCCAGCUUCGCUCAACGCCCAGGCCGUAGCAAAAAACAUUGCCCGCAUCGAAGUUCACUUGCCCGCUCGAAAGGAUUUGGACGUUGCCGCCGCCAUCUACAGCUCGCCAAAACCCGACCCUCAGGAUCGCCCUGUGGCGAAAUCGGCCACUGCUCAACCCCAGACGAUGCCUUUAACAGGUCCUCUGAAAACCCCACAACCAGUACAGGCACAUUCCGGACCAGACGCUCAUCGUUAUCAGGCGCCUACGGUUCCUAUGGUUCCUAAGUCUCAAAUUCGCAUCGAGUUGCCAGCUGCAAGCUUCAACGCAUCUGAGUACAUGGUCGUUGAUGAUUCCGCAACCGCACCUGCAAAUCUUUCCACAAAACGCAGAUAUGCUCAGCAUCAGGGUAAUGACGAGCUGCUUGAUGGUAAUCUUAAUAACAGAGACCGAGCAGAUGCUCAUCUCCGAGAGCUACAGAGAUGUCUUCAAGAGAUCUGCAACGCGGAACAUCUGGCUGUCAGUUCCAAGAGUGCCAACCCCUGGAUCUCCAUGACUCUGGAUGACGAACCCACGAUGACCGUUGCAGCCUACAAUAGAGUCACAAGGCUGAUUUCAAGGACGUUUGAGCUGGACUGCUUUCGAGUGGUGCCUUUUGAGGAUCUGGAGAAGAUCCAAGAACUCUGUGAUCCAUCACUAAAACACGCUGACGCCUUGGAGAUCAAAAUCGAUCCAUCAUGGGGAGAAGUAAGUGUCAAUGAAUGGCUGAAGCAGUUACCAGAUGUCGAAGCUGGCCUCAAGGCCGCGCGGCUGGCCCUUACAAUCAUGGGCGGAGGCCGCGAAGAGAAGAAGCUUUAUUCUGAAGGUUUGAUCCAACGAGGACUCAGCCUUUUCAGAUCCGUUAUGGACGAUAUUGUUGUGCCCAUUGCGGAGAUGCGCAAUUCGGCUCAAGAUGGUUCGUUCAAGUAUCUGUCGGCACAGAAGAAAGCCAUUGGGGUGAUCUUUACGGCUUGCCAGAAGCUUUUUGCUUUGAUGACGAACCUGAUCUCUGGCAUCGAUCUUUCAGAAGAUGUCAUCAACGGCCUGGAGGUUUCAUCGUCGCAGCUCAUCUUCGUCGACAGUGCACUUUCAGAAAGGGACUCGAUAGUUGGCGUACAGAAAUUUGACGGACUUCGCUUGGUCGCCAUGGACAUGCUUUGCCAGAUCUUCUUGGCCAAUCCAUCUCAAAGACAAGGCAUUCUGACAGACAUCCUAACAUCCUUGGAGAAGCUCCCCAAGGCUAAGCAAAGUUCACGACAGUUCAAGCUCUCCGAUGGAGGCAGCAUUCAGCCGGUCUCGGCAUUGAUCAUGCGACUAGUUCAAGCCAGCGCUGGAAAGAUCGAGGGACGCAGUUCGGCUAGCGGUCAGAUCAUUGAGUCUCUGGAAAGUGCCGAAGAUGACAAGGACAAGUCAUCUGCAGAUCGGAGCAAGCUCUCCAACCAAAUUUAUCCGGUCAAAACUGAUGACCAUGCUGCCAUGCAGCAUGGCGAAGCAAUCCAGGAACUGAAGGGCGUUGCUACCCCGCUCUUCGAGACAGCUCGUCGCAACGCUUCGUUCGUGAUCAAUUUCUUAGUCAAGCGCGCUCAAAAGUCCACCAAGACUGGCGAUACACCGUAUCGCAACCUCUUGGACAAUUUCAUGGAAGAUUUCAAUCUGUGCCUGGAUUCACCGGACUGGCCCGCUGCAGAGCUACUUCUGCGAACCUCAAUGAUCAUGAUGCUGGAACUUCUGAAGGGCGAGAAAACUGCCGCGCCUGCAAAGAACAUGGCCCUGGAACUCUUAGGGAAUAUGGCUGCUGCAAUCUCUAAGUUACGGUCUCAUGUUCGUAAGGUUGCCAGCAAUUUCGAAGGUAGUGAUGCUGAUGAUCUCGGGCGUUGGCUUGCCGAUUUGACAUCCAUGGUGCUGGAGCGCAGAUUCUCGCCAGAGAAGAUGAUCAGUUGGCUUGGGCCAUACCGUGUGGUUCUAGAAUACCUUGAGGACCGAGUGAAAGAGGACCCUCACUUAAGAAGUGCCACAUCCUAUUUGGUUACAGACUGGGCUGUAGAGUUGUGCAAUGCUUACAAUGAGGAGGGCAGAGAGGAGUCAGAAGAGCAGGAUUCUGAGUACGGCCGAUCAGCUUUCCGACUACGCAAUAUGGUGGAUGAUCGUAGAUGGCUCACGAAUGAGUACAGUUUCAAAUCGGUUGUUGCCAAUCACGCUAAGCUCUCCCACUCUAUCAUAUUACUCCGAUCCCCCUUCUGCGACUCUUUCCGGGGCAUACUAAACAUACUGUUGCAAUCAAUGACUACGGAUGCUGCAACAGUCCGCAGUAGAAGUCUCAAAAGUGUCAAUUCGGUACUUGAUACAGAUCCAUCCAUUCUCGAUGGCGAUAGCUCCGUCAUUGAUAUGGUUCUACAAUGCUCCCAUGAUCCUUCACCGCAAGUCCGCGACUCCGCUCUCAGCCUCAUCGGCAAGUGUAUCAGCAUGCGACCUGCUCUGGAGGAGAAAAUGAUACCUACAGUCAUUCAACGAUUCCUAGACUCCGGUGUUGGAGUGCGAAAACGAGCCAUGAAACUGGCGAAGGACAUCUAUCUUGGCAACGAGAACAAGCAAGUUCGAAGCAACAUUUCUAAUGGGCUUCUGCAUCGUUGCCAAGAUCCUGAUGAGAGCGUACGCGAAUUAGCGCGUCAGAUGAUCGAAGAGAUUUGGAUUUCCCCGUUCUACAAGGCAGACGACUCAACUGCGUACAGGCAGUCGUUGACAGAUCACAUAUCUCUCAUGAUUCAAACUGUGAAGCAAAACAACUCGUCCACCACUGUCGAGAAAGUCUUUCAGGCCAUACUGGCGCCGCAGAACAAACUUGCAGACGCCAACGCACAAGUAUGCAUCCGGCUGGUUGCCAGUAUGUUUGAUCUCAUCCAUAAUCCGGAUUCAGACGACCCAUCGAUUCCUUCCGGCAAAGAUGCGCUUCAGGUAUUGAUGAUAUUUGCCAAAGCAGACCCGAAGUUGUUUACAUUUGAGCAGAUCCGAAUGCUGCAACCACGCAUUUCAAAUGUCGGGUCGAAUGAGGAUCUUACGAGCUCACGAGCAGUUGUCGCCAUCUACCGCAGAGUACUACCCCAGGUGACUACCGUCCAUUCGCAAUUCCUCGCAGAUAUUCGGAAGGAUUUGAUGCCGGCUGUUUCCAAGGUCACAAGAGCGCUUCUGGAUGAUGUGAUCGCUUGCCUGUGGAUCGUUAGUGGUCUUCUCGGAACUUCUGAGCAUUUAGCCCGCCUCGUCUGCUCCAGCUUGGUUGGCGUACAGAAGAUUCGAGCCAUGUCUGUCAAAGCUCCUCUUGAUCAGCAGAAGACCAGACAGUUUGACCGUUACUCGCUCAUUGUUGGGAUGGCGGGAAAGCAUUGCAACCUCGACAGCCAUGAACAAUUAUUCAAGGCACAAUUUUCGAAGUGGUCCGGAGGCCCAGUGUCAAAACUCAUGGUUGACGUCCUUGCACCCUUUGCUAGUCCAUCGCAGCCAGCUGACGUACGAAAAUCUGCUCUUGACGCCAUGGGCUUGGUUUGCCAGUCGAAUCCUAGGAACUUCGUAGCUGUGAAUGUGUACACUACAUUUCAGCAAGCGUUUGACGAGCAAAACUCGGCCCUCGAGUCUAUGGUCCUCCGCUCCUUCAAAGAGUUCUUGUUUACGGAAGAGCAACGUUCCGAGCUAGCUUCUGCGGCUGUCAAGGAUGCCAAGGAGCUUGUUAAAAAAGACUUGAAGGUUAUGGGAUCGACCAGUUUUGACGAUGUCGCGAGUGCCACCACCGUCAGAUUCCUCAAAGACAUUAUCCGGAUCACCCUGGCAACACAAGAUGAACACGCUUUUCUGGCAACGGAAGUCUUGGCCAGUAUCAACCGUCAAGGUCUGGUUCAUCCCAAGGAGACUGGGAUCACAUUUAUUACGCUCGAGACUUGCCCUCUUCUCAAAGUAUCCGAACUCGCAUACCAGGAGCACCGCUCGUUGCAUGCGAAGCAUGAGACAGUCAUAGAGCGUGAAUACGCAAAGGCUGUUCAAUCUGUUUUUCUGUAUCAACGUGACAUUAUUAAGGACCCUCGUGGUGCCACUACCGACCCUUUCACAUCAAAGCUCCAUCUCCUGCUUGACGUGCUCAAGAUGAGCAAAGGCAAAAAUCGAAAGCGGUUCUUUGACAAGCUUAUUAGUCAAGUCGAAUUCGACCCAUCGGCCUUGGAUAUUAGCCAACCAAUACCAGAACAUGUCGAAUUCUCCCGGUUCAUCGUUGAGAAUAUCGCCUUCUUCGAAUUCGCAGCUAUAGACGAGCUACAAGCAUUAGUCACGAGCAUGGAGAAACUAGUGACUAAUAUCGGAACAGGUAUCGCUCAGUCCAUUGAGUCGGACGUGUUUCAACUCCGCGUAGACACACUUCUAGCGCCACAACAGCCGAUCAAUGGGGAGUCUGAGCCUGGUAUGCUUGUCGAACCACAAAUUGACACCCAGAAGCUUCGUCAACUUACCUCUGGGGCCAUGGUUCUGCUCGCGGUUUGGGAAGGACGGACACACCUUCGACGUUUGUAUAACCUGAAGGCCAAUCGCGAUAUCAAAGUCAAGGCCGGCGUUAAAGAUCCCAACAAAGCUCCCGUGAAAUCUCAAGGUGUCACUGGAGACAAGUUUUGGGAGGACAUGGAUCAUAUUAUGAGCAGUCUGACUACACGAGAGCGUAUGAUCGAGGGUUGCCGCACUUUCGUCGAUCUCAUCAACGUGGACAGUGAGGUGAAGGUUGGUGAUGAUGACGAGGACAUGGACGCGGAUGGUGACCCAAGGACGCCUGAAGCUGAAGAUGAUGAUGGGGAUACAGUGAACGGCGAGACGAGGGGCCGCAAGAGAAAAGCCUCGAACACACCUGGAGGCAAGAAGAAGCGGGCUCGGUCUGAUUCAAAAGCCCGUCCCCGCGGGCGACCACGCAAAAACCCUCUUCCUGAUGCCGAACCAGGUUCGGAACAGGACGCAGAUUUUGACGAUUUUUGA